AUGGUGUGCACCAAAUGUAAAAAGCCAGUCACCCUCUCGAAUAGCAAGCCCACGGGGCGCAACCCCUUGUACCGCAUCGGUAACGACUGUGCCACCAACAAGCGGAACAUGGAGAGGAAGGUGGCCAAGCGCGAGUCGACUGACGCGCUCAAGGUUUGGUGGGAGAAGCUGCAGAAAAAUCCUGUCGAAGAGGAGGCCUGGUACGUGAAGAUGGCCGCGAAGUCCCCGCACAGCACGUUCUCUGACGAGGAGAUCAUGCAAGUCACUGAGCAGGCCAUUCACAAGAGGGUGACCAGGGAGGGCGAGACGUUGAUUGCGAAGCCCCGCACGUACAUCCUGGACAACGUCGACAGGAACUUCGUUGAGAACCGCGUCCAGAAGCGGCCAUGGCCGUUGACGGCGGGCAUCUCCGCGAUGAGACUGCAGCGGUGGAAGGGGUCAUUCAAGUCCGCUGGCUUCCACGCGCACUUGGAGAGGGACAUGGUGUUGCGGUCGGUGGCCGACGCCGAGGGGGAGGCCGAAGUGCUCGCCGUGGAGAUGGAGAGGGCGGCCGAGAGGAAAAAGAGGACUGCCGAGGCUGCGUCGGUGGCGUCCCCUUCCGCCGAUCCGAAGAAAAGCAAGACCAUGCUCCACGCGUGGCUCGCCGAGAAGAGUGGCAAGAUGGACAGCCUGUUGAUCCGCCUGCGGGGCGAGAUGGACCUCGAGGCCCCCGCGUUCGACCGCAUUAUGCCGGAGGAUCGCGCCACCGAGGAGGCCGCGUGGAAGAAGCUGAAGGACAGUAUGACCGACGCCCUGACGGAGGUCAGCACGAAGGUCUCGAAAUGGCAGGAGGAGCACACGGUGGAUAAGAUUUUGCCCUCUGGGGCAGAAGCGAACAUCAAGGAGCUCAUCGAGAAGCUCAGCGCAGACUACAAGCUCUACCACUCCAGGGACGACCACUUGAAACCGUUCCAGGAGGCCGUCACGAAAGCGAAGAAGUUCUUGAAGGACGUUGCGAAGGCGCGCAAGGCCUCGGAGGAUGCGACGAGAAACAGACGGGCGGCCAAUUCCAGGCUCAAUGCGGCAGAUGACGGCCAGGAGGACGAGGUUUGCCCUUUGUUCGACACGUUCGGGGACGCAGAGGUGGAGGCCUUCAGGAGCGUGAACGUCACCGACGUCCCCGCCGAGUACCCCAAGAAGGCUUACUACGCCCCGCCAUCCCAGGAUAUGUCGAAGGCUGCGGCGGCUCUGAAGGUGAACCCGAACUACAAGACGCUCACCAAGUGGGCGGCCGCCAAGAUGAGGAAGGAGGAGUCUAUGUCAGUCGUGUGCGCCAUCACGACCAAGAAGUUCCUCACCGACAUCGAGAGCUCCAUGGGCGGCAAGUUCGACUCCAAGUUCACCGCGCUCGACCUUACCUUCCCCAAGGAGCACGACGAGGUUAAGCGCGCGUGCAAGGAGUACCAGAUCGUUGCCGCGAACCCUGGCUACCAUAACGUCGCGGUCACGACGUUCUGCUUGCCCGAAGUAAUGGCCAUGGUCACGGGUCGCGCGUGGGUGGCGGGCGCCCCGUGGAACAAGCUCACGGGUGACAACAUGACGGUUCGGAAGGAUCACAUGGCCAACAUGACGGCUAACAACUUCAAGGCGUUCGCUGCAGGAGUUGGCGGUUUCUGUGUCCUCGCUAAACCUGGGUCUCUCGUGUGCGUCCCUGCAGGCAUGAUGGUGUUCACCGCAGUACCUGGAGGUGACGCGGCGUCCUGGCUCAGGUGGGGGGUGCUCGGCAAGGGCGAUAUCGUGACGGUCGCUGGAUCCCUGUCGGAGAUGCUCUCGUCGUAUCCGUACUUGGGCACCACGGACUACAGCACCCUCGCGUCGCUCACGGCACAC